AAUUGCAAGUGAGCUCUGUUCACUACCAGGAGCAGGUAAACAGAAGGAAGAAGUGAAAAGAACGGGAGGAAGGGGGGGAAAAAGAGUGACAGUGGGUAAACGAGAAGCGAAGAAAGCAUACAGGCUUCACUGACCAGAUGACAUUCACAGAGUAUUUAGCAGGACAAGCCUCCACGUGUGAAGGUCUCAGAGAGACGGAGGAAAAGAGUGUGGAGAGUGCCUUGGGAGCCUUGCACCACACCAAGGCACACAGGAGGUGGGACAGCCCUGAAGGAACACCUGAGCUCUGAAGAGACAUCUCUUGAAGUAAGGGGUGAGCAGCACCUCAUGGGAGACGGAAUCAGUGGAACACCCGACAACAACCUGCUGUCGCUCCUCCUCUCCUCGCAACCGACUCUCACCCCCCUUCCUCCUCCUCCUCCUCCUCCUCCAUCCUCUCUCCCUCUCUCAUUUGAUCCCAUCCCUCACUCCCUGCACCAGAGAGGGAGAGCGUGCACAGAGAGAAGAGCCUGGGAGCCAUCCAGGACGUAGGGACGAAGACUAAAAGGCACGAGAGAGUGUGAAUCCACUAUGGCACUGUCUUGGUGUCUUGGUGCAGCUUUGGCACUGGUAUGUGGAUCUUUGUGGCCCCAGGUGCACUCAGGUGUGGCACCUGAGAAUGAGGUGCCACUUCGCCCAACUACGUGGUUACCAGAAGGAAAGAUCACCUCUGUAACCCUACCUAAAGGACGAACUCGCAGGUUAUACUUCACGCUGAAGAAGAAAGCUCCGGGGAUGUCGGUGACAGUCAGCCCUUGUGACCUUCCCAUUGAAUGGACCUUGGCUGCUCGCACCCUGAAGGACAAACCCCUCAAAAACCUGCAAUGGAGUACUAAAAAAAGCAUGCCUGAGGUGUGGUGGCGAGGUCCUGGGACGGAGGAGAAAAUACACAGCAAUACUGGCAAUACAGUGGAAAGCUACAGUGGUCCAACCUAUCCAAGCGUUUCCAUCUACAUCCUAAGGCUACGCUCCAAACAGCAGAACACCAGAGCUACAGUGUAUCUUCAUGAAGGCCUGGGGCCUUCAGGCAUCUUCCCUCUGCUCCCAGCUGACCCGCAAGUUCACACAUUAGGUGUAGGCAUGACCAGCGUCACCCUCAGCUGGGCACCCAGUGCCUCCAUAACGAGCCUCCCACAUACACAGACCAGUUAUGAAUACUGUGUUCUUGUCAACUCACAGGAAAACUACCCCAGCCUUUGUGCUGCACAGAAGAGUAUGAGGAAAGAGAAAGACCAAAAACAAGAAAAGAAGGACAGACGGAGCAGGGUGACGGUCUGGCCCAUUUUGAAAGAGUGGUGGUGGCAGCAGUGGGACACUUAUCCUGAAAGUCCUCAGACUCCACCAGCUUCCCUCACUGAUGAGUAUGAAGACCUCCAAUGUGUGUGUCAGGGGACAGAAAGUGUUUGCACUGUCUCAGAGCUCCUGCCUGAGACCCAGUAUUACUUUGAUGUCUUUGUGGUCGACAGGCUGAAUGGGACCAGCAUGGCAUACAAGGGGACACUUGCUCGGACACAUGAGGAGGCUCGACCUGCGAUUACCGCCCUUAGAGAAGGAGAGCUGAGGUGGGUGACUUUCCAAGACAGAGGCUUCAGCUCGGAGCAGUUCUUCAGUUUCCGUCCUCGGGGUUGGCAACAGAGUGGCCUCCUCACCUUGCAGAGCUGUGGGGAAGGUGAAAAGGUCAAGGUGACUGUAUCUAGUAAAGGUCAGGUCUUGACCUCUCAGGCUGCUGGGCGAGAAUUAGUGCACAUAUGGCUCCAGGGAAGUACUUCCUAUCUCAUCCACCUGGAGAGAGAAGGAACCGCCAUGGACCACACCUCUGCUGUUACAGACCCAUCGCUACCAGAAGGUCUGACAGCUUCAGUCAAAAUGCAGACCUCAUCAGCUUACCACCGCAGAGGAGUCCCAUCUCUGCCCUCCACCUUACAGAUAAAAUCCUUCAACCGAUUGCGUGGUUGCAAUAGUGUCACCCUAGCAUGGAUGGGAACAGAAGAAAGAAGCCUUUACUGUGUGUACCGCAGAAAGCUUGGAAGCCAUGAAGGAGAAGCUGGCGGAGCAUCAGCUCUAACUGCACCCUGUCUGGGGCCAGAGUCCCGCUCUGACACCGAGAGAGUUCUCUGCAAGUAUUUCCAAGAGCUGAAUCCUCGGCGGGCCGUCACUACAGCUGUGAUUGGGGGCCUGGAGCCAGGAAUGGCCUAUGUGUUUGAUGUCUAUCUAAUGAGACGCUGGGGGAUCCCUAUCAAGUACACCAGCAAGAUGGUGAAGACUAGAAAGGAAUGCUGAGCUGCUGCCCCCUACAGGAGGUUUUCAAACUGUCCCAGUUAAGGGACAAAUGCAUCAGCCACGGGCAUGCUAUAAAGACUGUCCAAGAGAACGAAGCCAUUUGACUGUUGUAGAGAGACUGUUACCAUAACAAGGAAAUAUUCCCUCUGGAGGAGCAAUGGUUACAUUCAAGAUCUCCACUUACAAGAUCUGUGCAAGUGGAUAGAAAGCAUAUGAGAAGGAUCUGCACACCAGCAAAAGUUCAUAACAUUUACAAUACAGUUCCUGUGCUUUUGUCAUUUUUUCCAUUGUUGAUCAUAAUAAUAAUGUGCCAGUUGUCCAAGUGCUUAUUUUGUGUCAGAAUCCAAAGAACGGAUGAGGUUUGUGAUGACAAAAGUCAAGACAAAAACAACAACAGAGACUGUGCCAAAUAUGCAACAGAAGCAGAUGGGGCAAUAAUUAGAUCACAUCUGAGACGCGGGGGUUGUAGUAUAUAUCUCCAGUGCUGCAUAUUGUACAGGCUUAUAAACACAGAUGGGUGCAAUCUACAGAUGCUAAGUUCAAAGUCAGUGUGUAUCUUUGUGUUCUGCUUUCGCAUGAAGCAGUGAAAAUACUUAGUGACUUGCCUCAUUGUCUUUGAUGUAUUCUUGUGCUGCUUCAAACUCAUUAAUAAAUA